UAGUGUUCCCUGAUUUUUUUGACAUGUGAGAGUGUGCUGAGAGACAUACAAGCGCGUCGAUUUCUAAUUGUUAUCAGAAAAAUAUUAGGCAAAAGACCGAAAAUUAACAAAUAUAUCCCAAAAUAAGCAAACAUUUUGUUAAUAACAACAAAGAUUAUGUUAUAAAUGUUUUCAUAGACCAAAAAUAAUAAAUGCAAAGCAGAUAAAGUUGUCUUCUAUCCAGAUUUGAGAGUCGCCUGAUGCCUGUCAAAGUUAAGACUGCAAUGGUAAACAAUUUGAAAGGCCUAAAAAUAAAGAAGGAACGGGAGGAUGAAGUCGAUGAAGCUCAAACAUUGAAUGCCAAAGAGGUAUUGGAAUAUGCGAAUUUUCCCAUUAAACAAGAGAAAUCCCAUGGUGCAGGGGCACAAACACAAGAUUUUCUUGUCGUCUCGUCGCCACCACGCAGAAGAAGCACAAGGAACCUAAAGGAGCCAUCGUCGCCUCCAAAAAGAAAACUAUCACUUAAAGACUCCCAAUCUGAGGGUAAUGAAUCUAGUGACUCGACCACAUCUCCCAAGGCAAAUAGACAAAACGUUGAAAAACGCUUUGCCUGUCCUGAUUGUCCGCGGUCAUUUAACAAACAUUCUCGCCUCGUGGAACAUCAAUUUAUACACAAUGGAGAAAAACCCUUUACAUGCGAUGAAUGCAACAAACAAUUCCGUUUCUUUCAUCGCCUGGAGGAACACAAACAGAGACAUUCCAAACAGCUGAAAUUUAUUUGUGAAAUAUGUAAUUUAGGUUGUUGUACCCGGGCCGAUUACAAUCUGCACAUGCGGCAUCACACUAACGAUAGGCGUUUCCAGUGUUCCAUGUGUCCCAAAGCUUUUGUCCGCAGUGCCGACUUAAAGACCCACAUACGAGUUCAUACGGGCGAAAAACCCUAUGUCUGUGAAGUGUGUAGCAAAUCUUUUCGAGCCAAUCAAAAUCUCAUAGCCCACAAGAAACUACACAUGGGCGAUGCCUUGAAAAAUUUCAAAUGUGAAUAUUGUGAAAAGAAAUUUCUGCGAAAUAUCGAUCGUAAGAUUCACAUGCGUAAACAUACUGGCGAGAAACCGUACAAAUGUAAGUUCUGUGAUCGUAGCUAUUCAUCGAAUGUCAAUGUUAAAGCCCACAUGGAACGUGAUCAUUCAGAGGGUCCGGUAAUACGUAAGAAACCGGGACCAAAACCGAAAGAUUGGAAAGAACAAAUAGCUAGACAGCAAAAGUUAAUAGAGGAGUUGCAGGAAAAGUUAAAACAACAAGUUAAACAGGAGGAGAUAAUUGUGCCCGACUGUCAGGUGAUUGUUGAGGAGGACGGGCUAGAUGGCGAGGAUGAAAAGAAACCUGAUGUAAGUGGGUUAAGUGUUUUUUGUGUAAAACAGGAAAGUAAUGAAGAAAUGCCAGAGGCUCCCAAUCGAAGAGUACGUAAUAUUAAGAAAGAGAAAGAUGUGACUAGCUAGUGGAGGUAAGAAGCUGAAUGAGGAGACUGUCGAAAGAUUGAAAGCAAAGUAAUUGUAAUAAAACGGAAUAUUUGCUACACCACAUUUUUAUGCAGAAUAUGGGAUCAUGAACUUUACGAUCGCUAAAGCAAACUGUUCAAUAUGCUAUUUACAAAAGAGUAGAUUGGCCUAGAAGACAUUUACAAUGGAUUUUAAGCUCGAAGUGGUCAUGUACUAUACAUUAGAUUUUUAUUAAGGUCAUUAACAAUAGCGUGGAUGACCUUUGGGGCUGUAAGGUAUGACGUGGAAGAUUCUUCAUAUCAUCCUAAGUAUCAAUUACCAUAGAGAAUAUAUUAUCAUAAAAGAAUAGAUGAACCUUGAUAUCAUAUACUAUGGAAUUGAUAAUGCUAGAGGUCAUAUACUGCGGACUAGGCCCUGAGAAUAAUAUUCUAAAGAUUAGACUACCCAGACUUUUCUCAACUGUACCUGGGAAAUGCACAGAAAUUUACCUAAAACUCAAUCUGGAGGUCCCCAAUUUGAAAAAUAUGAAAAUUUUCAUGUAAAAUAUACAAAAAAUAUCACGGAGACGGUCCGGGUCCGCACCCUGCGUACGUCCCUGAGUCUUGAAGCCGAUGUCUAGAAAUUGAAUGACACUAACGCCCCAACUACACAGCAGAUGGCCCCAGGAUAUACCUACUAUCAAGCAUUUGAUCCUGAAAAUUUUCUUUAGACAUCAUCAACUACCGAGCAUACGGCCCUAGAGGUCGUCUUUUGUAUAACAUGUGACUUUUAGGGCUUACUCACUUAUAGUAGAUGAUUCUAUAGGUUUACUACUAUAGAGUAUGCGACUCAUUAGGUCGAAUGCUAUAGAGCAGAUUACUUUAAAAAUCAUCUGUGUGCACUACAUGAACUAGGAGUCCAACUUCUAGAAGCUAAGGACCAAAGGUGUCACCUAAUAUAAGGUAGUCGAGUAUAUAGGUUAUCCGCUAAGGGUGGAUGAACCUAAACUCCAUCAGCUUCUUCUAUGGAGUAUGUGAAUUCAUAGCCAUUUGAAAAUGACUCUAAAGUAUCAUUAUGGAACCGUCAUAAGUCACAUAAUUAAGCAUGUUAGAUCCCAUAUCCAUUUACUAUGGCAAAUAUAAUGUUUUAAGAGGUUAUAAUGAUUUCGAAUGACAUUUUUUUUGCAAUUUGAAUAUAAAUCUCCAUAAAAUGUGGUGUAGUGUUUCUGCUGCUAGUCUCCUUCAUUGACAUUUCUUUACUUUCUUACUAUUAUAAAAAGCCAAGCAGCUUAGAUUCUAGAAUAUACAUGUAUUGUUUAUGUAUGUCAUGUUAAUUUGUGUGCCUUAAUAUUUUCUAAAGUUCUCGUCCUUAUUUAGUUUAUUUAACUAUGUAAUAGUCAGUUAUGUUGGUGUUCAUACUAAGUCUUAUAUUGUUAAGAAAAUAAACCACCUACCUACCUACCUUCCUAUAAUCCAAUUUAUAUUUGAAGAAUUCCUAACAACUUUACAAUUUUUUUUUAACAAUUUUUAUAUUCAAAGACUUUGAGAAUACUUCCCUACCUUCUUUGACAGUAAACACUUAUAUAUUCGAAGACUAUUAGAUAUACUAUCUAACUCAUAUGUCUGUCUGUAUUACCCCCUCCUAUCGUAAGAAGUACUUUUUGUAGAUCUAAUCACUUUAUGUUUUUAUAACAUUUUAUCAAUUUUAACUGCCUUUAUGUUUAAUAUUUUCCCCUUUUAUGAUCAAAUAAAGACAUAUAAUCUAAAAAUAAAAAGAA